CCCUGGUUGGGAAACACUGUAUUAGGACAUGGCUGUGAAAGCUGACAUCUAUACAGCAUGGGUGGGGGAGGCCCAUAAACCAUGGAAUGUGUGUGGCCAACCAGCAAUGCCCUGUACUCCGGUUUAUUUCCACACUGCUAAGAGGAGUUGCAAUUGCAGCAUUGACCUGAUGUCACUCUAUACAGUAGAGCAGUCUGGGUAAAGGGGAGUGAGACUCUCAUCAUACAUGAUAUGUUCCUAAAGGAUCAGUAUGUGGCUGCCCUGGUGAAGGUGAGGAGCAGCAGCAUCUGCAGGAACACUCAAAUUACAGAUCUGGCGCCACUUAUCACAGGAAAAAUAAUAUCAGAAUGGAAACAUCAAGGGUUUGAUGGAGAGUUUCUACAGAAGUCAAAUUGUCAAGAGAGGACCUUGUACCCAUAACUUAUAUGGUCACCCUGAGUUUGGUGAUGUCACUGAUGAUCUGACAGGACAAGGUGCACAAGGCAGGAUAUAAGGGAACUGACACCCGGGCCCUUAGUACUUUCCCUGGAUGCUACAUACUGAGACUCCUGAUACCAUGGCAAAUCAAUCAGAGGAAAUUGUCCUGACAAAGAUGGAAUAUGCCAAGAAGUCUCUGAGUCUUCUCUCUCCUAAGUCUCUGUCCAAGUGUGUCUAUGUCAGCGCUACAAUGACUCAACAAUUCCUUACCCGGCCAGUAUCCAAACCAAGGCCCUUUAGGGUAUGCAACUGUGACCGAAGCAUCAGAAAGGGCAUUGUGGCCGACAGUCUGGAAGAUCUGCUUAACAAGACCCAGGAUGGCCUGCUCAUGGGUGAAGCUAUCACACUGGUUCUGGAGGAAGAUGGCACCGGUGUGGACACUGAAGACUUUUUCCAGUCUUUAGACAGUGGUGCGGUAUUCAUGGCUCUUGGGAAAGGACAGAAGUGGAAGCCAUCUCAUAAUGCUGGCUACCAUAUUUGUCUGACCAACAAGCCUCAGCGGAAGGUUGACGUGGCACGCAUUAGCUUUGAUCUGUAUAAGAAUGAUCCUCAGGACUUCAUUGGGUGUCUGAAUGUCAAGGCCACUCUGUACGGGACCUACUCUGUGUCUUAUGACCUGCAGUGCUACAGCGCAAAAAGAAUAAUGAAGGAAGCCUUACGCUGGACACUGUUCACUAUGCAGGCCACCGGUCACGUCCUCCUUGGCACUUCAUGUUAUAUGCAGCAGAUCAUGGAGCCCAGCAAUAAUACUGUUCCUGAGGAGGAAAAACCAUCAGCUGCUCUUAGAGACUUCAUACCUUUCUACUCUCGCAGGAUGCUCCAGUAACUCAUACCUAUAAUAUAGGGAAGAAAAGGCGUUACUGACAUUUAAGCCUGGGCAAACCUCUCACUCCAUAGAAAUAACUUGUUCUAGUGAUGCAAAAUAUUCAAGAAUUGUGGGUGAGAGGAACCUUUAUGGGCACACUAAUACUGUAUUGGCCUAAUGUUAUCACUUAUUAAACUUGGAAAUGACAACUACUAAGUAAAGGUUGGCCUAAUAUGGUAAGAAAGGAAUGAAGUUUGCUAGAUGGCGCCAUUGGAGACACCCAAAAGUUACCUGGCACUUAUCACUCUUUGAACUGACUUCUGCAAAGGCUUAGGGGCGGUGAGCUUUAUAAAUCUGAUUAAUAAUACAUGCUAAAAUGGGUAAUAGGAUGGCGUAGGUGCUGCCAUGCUAUAUUUCUCCUAUGGUAGUUCUUUACCAAUUUAGCUGUGCCCUUUUGUCUGACAGACUGGUUGCUAUAGAUAAAUUGCAAAACAGAGUUGCUAAUCUAAUUUCUUUUUAUUCCUUAGGAACUUUUUACUCCGAAGAAAAAGAAUACUAGUACAAAAGUAUCAUAUGAAAAUGU